GAAGGGGGUCGAGUGGUGUCUUGAGUGGAUAAUGUGCGUCCUGCCUUGUCCCUGCAUCAUCUGCGUGGCAGGAUAUCUCUGGGAGAUGGUCCCUGCCAUUUGGGUCCUUCCUUCUCUGAGCUUUGGGCAAAGGCUUCCUGUUUCUUAAGGGGACAGUCUCAUCAUUUCAGUUUCUGGGGUUCAGUGGGGAACACCUGACUGGGUGGACACACCCCCUGGACACACUCAAAUACACACUCACAUGUAUUCACACUAUCAGCCGAUCUACUACCACCUUCAACCCUGCUCCCCCACCCCACUUUUGCCAAUUUGAGGUGCUCCCCUACUGUUUCAGAAAUGCCACUAGAGGUGCCCCAAACUGGACCUAUAGAGCUGGGGGUUCAGGAGACAAGUCCUCUGGAGAGUGUAUCCACACACAUGGUACACACCCAUCACCCUGCAUGCACCUCCCAGGAGACAACACAUAGCUGCCUGCCUGCCCUCCUCGCGUACUUCCACACUCAUGUACAUGUCACGUUUAUCACCUGCACACAGGCAUACUUGUGCACAUGUGUGCUUUACACGUAGGUGCACCUUAUACCCAGGAGGAUGCAGCCUCACUUUCUGGCUUUGCACACGAUCCCGCCCGCGCUCCCAUGCACUCAUGUGUGCCCAUGCCCUGCCUCGACCUGCUUGCAGCCUGCCUGGACCUCCCGCCUUCAUUCGGCAGUACUUGAGCAUUGAAUGUAGACCAGGCCCCAUGCGCGAUGCUGGGGACAGUGGUGAGGAGAACUGAUGUGGUCCCUGCGCUGGUCCAGGAGACAGACAUUAGACAAACACAAAUGAUAAUAUGAUUAGAGACUUUGAUAACUGCUGGGAAGGAACCACUUCACUAUGAUCAGGGCUUCCCUGUAGCUUUGUGCUUUUAGAUUUACUAUAAGAAGCACCCAUAAUGGUGUGUGUAGGAGGGAGGUGCUUCUGGGAGGAAGUGUUAUCUGAACUGGCUUGAAGUUUUCCAGGUGAGGGCAUUCCAGGCAGAGUGAACAACCGGGGCAAAGGCCUGGAGGUGAGAAAUUGAGAAACAUGGAGAUGGCAGUAGCCCUGAGGCCUGGAGGAGGGUGUAAGAGACAAGGAGGUGGGUGGGGCCUGGUCUGCCGGGCCUUGCAGUAGGUCUUCCCUGGCCUCUACCCCAAUCCACUCCCUUUGCUGCCCUGCCCUGCCCGGGGCCCACUCAUCGGUUGGCCUCCACCUCCGGCCUGAGCCCUGUCUGUCGUGUUCCACAGGCUACCCAGCCCAGGGGUCCUGAGAUACAGCAUGAGAACAGGCUCUGAUCACCUGGAGGUUCCUAGCCUGAGACCCCUAGGAUCUGUCUAGGAAGCUCUGGGGAGCCAGGCCACAGCUAGGGUUCAGCAGCUGGCUCUCUUGCUCUGAGUUAAUCCCAGAUUUGUCUCCCCAUCAGUCUGCCAAGCAGCCCCUGUGGGUCCUGAAAGGUUCCCAGAGCUGCUGCACUCCCAGCCCCUUAGACAUUACUGGUUGGUCAGAUUUACAUGUGGGUCUUUGGAAUAUUGGGAGAGUCUCCCUGUGCCUUGGAGAAGCUAGUAACAAAACAACAGCCAGCACAGAAUCCUUACCAUGUAACAGGACCUGUUCUAAAGGCUUUAUAUGUAUUGACUCCCUGAAUCCUCACCACAAUGCUGUGGAGAUAGCAUUAGCACCCCCAGUCUGGUAACAGUCUCUGGGGCUUCGACCUAGGUUGUCUUGUUCCAGAAUCCAUACUUUUAACCCUUCACUGGCCACAUUGCCCCUCAGAAGGCCCAAGAACCCAGGCUGUGAUUUAGUUGAAUCUCUCUUUUAUAGAGGAAGGAACAAAAGGCCCAGAGGGGAAAUGGACUUGCCAAAGGUCACACAGCAAGCUGACGGCAGAGGGGCCCAGCCUCCUCAGCCCUCACCAGUUGCACGACCUUGGGCAGGUUACAUCUUCUCCGAGCCUCUUCCCUGCCCCAAGCAAGGAAGAAAUUGAUGUAGAAGCCAGCAGGGUGGGACCUUUGUGGCGUGCAGGGAACUGCAAUUGAGAAGGAACUCAGGGUGGGGGCUUCUGGGUGCCCUGGAUGUGCACUUUGUCAUCAGUCAUUAAGUUGCUCAUUUUUGUUCUAAGCAUCUUUCUGCACAUGGAUUAUAUUGAAGUGUUCACAGCAUCCACAUCACAGGUCAUUAAGGAGCCUGAGUGAGAAGUGCCUGGAAUGGAAAAAGUGCUUAGUACCUUCUUUGUAGUGUCCUUUCACACUGGCAGAAGGCAUUCCCUGUGGGGAUGGGAGCUAGGGGUCCCAGGGGGAAAUGGAAGUAGAGAGGGGUAUGUGUUCAAAGCCUGCGGUAUGUCCUCAGCCCUGAGAAGGCUGUCAUGGCCCAUUCUCUAAGGGAGGGCACUGAGGCUCCUGGAGAUGGUCGCCACCCUGGGUGUCUCUAGGGGGCUGGUGGUGAGAUAGAGGAGGGACAGGGGGGAGGGGGCAGCAUCCUGGCUGCUGGCUGCCUCAGCAGCCCCAUCGUGCUGUGAUCAGCACCCCCACCGCAGUGAAAACAGCCCUCCCCAACCCCUCAGGGCUGCGGAAACCCAGCCUAAUUGGAUCCAGGACCCUCGGGAGCCUCAUUCCGCACAGGAAGUUCCCAGGAGAUGGCCGAGCCUCGAUUUAACAACCCGUACUUCUGGCCCCCUCCUCCCACCAUGCCCAGCCAGCUGGACAACCUGGUCCUGAUUAACAAGAUAAAGGAGCAGCUGAUGGCAGAGAAGAUCCGGCCGCCUCACCUGCCGCCCACGUCGGCCUCAUCGCAGCAGCCGCUGCUAGUGCCGCCCGCGCCGGCGGAGAGCAGCCAGGCCGUCAUGUCGCUGCCCAAGCUGCAGCAGGUGCCAGGCCUGCACCCGCAGGCAGUGCCGCAGCCUGACGUGGCGCUGCAUGCGCGGCCGGCCACCAGCACGGUCACAGGUCUGGGGCUCUCCUCCCGGACCCCGGCUGUGAGCACGUCUGAGUCGAGCGCAGGCACGGGUACCAGCACCCCGUCCACACCCACCACCACCAGCCAGAGCCGCCUCAUCGCCUCGUCCCCCACCCUCAUCUCAGGGAUCACCAGCCCCCCCCUCCUGGACUCCAUCAAGACAAUCCAGGGCCACGGCCUGCUUGGCCCCCCCAAGUCCGAGCGCGGCCGAAAAAAGAUCAAGGCGGAGAACCCAGGGGGGCCGCCUGUCCUCGUAGUCCCUUACCCCAUCCUGGCCUCGGGCGAGACUGCCAAGGAGGGCAAGACAUACAGGUGUAAAGUGUGCCCGCUGACCUUUUUCACCAAGUCAGAGAUGCAGAUCCACUCCAAGUCACACACAGAGGCCAAGCCCCACAAGUGCCCGCACUGCUCCAAGUCCUUUGCCAACGCCUCCUACCUGGCCCAGCACCUGCGCAUCCACUUGGGCGUCAAGCCCUACCACUGCUCCUACUGUGAUAAGUCCUUCCGACAGCUCUCCCACCUCCAACAGCACACCAGAAUCCACACAGGCGACAGACCCUACAAGUGCCCACAUCCUGGCUGCGAAAAGGCUUUCACUCAGCUCUCCAACCUCCAGUCUCACCAGCGCCAGCACAACAAGGACAAGCCCUACAAGUGUCCCAACUGCUACCGGGCCUACUCGGACUCCGCCUCCCUGCAGAUCCACCUCUCUGCCCACGCCAUCAAGCACGCCAAGGCCUAUUGCUGCAGCAUGUGCGGGCGGGCCUACACCUCGGAGACCUACCUGAUGAAGCACAUGUCCAAACACACGGUGGUGGAGCACUUGGUGAGCCAUCACUCGCCCCAGAGGACGGAGUCCCCCGGCAUCCCGGUGCGAAUUUCCCUCAUCUGAGCCGACCCAAGGCACCGCCCCUCCCUGCGCACUGGCAGACAGACCCAGGCAGCACCAGGCCCUGACUCCCUCCAGGAGCCCUCCAGGAACAGCUGAGCUCUCUCAUGACCUUCCUGACCUUCCAGAAAGCCUGGGCCACAGAAGCCCUGCCCGGUCCAGCUCUGCGGGCGGCCAGGCCAACUGCAAGAUUCUAGACUGUUUUGGUGGCAUCCAAAGACGAUCUCAGAGCACUUUGAACCUCUCUGCUGGGUUUUCCUUUUGUUCCCCACCCUUCACUUGCUUCACUGUUUUUUUUUUUUUUAAGUUUGUUUUGGAAAUAACAAAAAAGAUAUUUAUUGGCCAAGAAGUUGGUGCUGCUAAGACCGAGAAAUUAAAAGAACCGGACAGAUGGACACAGAGAACCAGAGGGCAGCGUGGGACCUUCUCUUGCCAUGGCCUCAGGUCUUGAGGGGGAGGCUCAGGCCGGGGUUUCUGGACUGCAAAGGGGACCCCCAGGUGGGAGGGGCAGGAGGCAGCUGGAGUGACCCACUCGCCCCUGGGUGCCCAGCUCAAGCCUCUGGAGCUGCGCCCUGGGCAUCACUGAGCAGAGGAAUGUGGCAGCUACCAGGGCUGCCCAGGCUUCAGGAGACAAACGAGAGGCCGGGAGGUCCGCAGGACCAAAGGGUGCAGUGCGUUGGGCUGAGCUGGGUGCAGGCCCAGGGAAAUGGGGUCGGGGUGGGCUGGGUAAGACCUGGUGCCCCCACUGCCCUGAAGACCACCCCAGUCUACCUCGGUGCUGGCCAGAAAACCUAUUGGCUACCUCUCCCACCAUCCCAGACUGUGGGCAGGGGGAUGGGGAGGGAGGGGGCCUGGGGCUAGGACCCCCUCUCCAGAAUUUCCUCCAGAUGGGGCAGUGCCCAAGGAGGGGUUUUGUCUUCCCUGCCAUGGAGGGGACUCCCCAGCCCAGGCCCCAGGUCCCUCGGCAGGGAAGGGACCCUCGGGGAGGAGGGUCCCCAGGAGCAGACCCUGCCCUCAGCCCCCACACACACACCCCAAUCUGAAAGCCAUGCGUGUCCGUGUAUAUAGGAACAAUGUACAGAGCCUGGGGAGGCCCCCCACAUCCCCCUGGGGGGAAAAAAAGAAAACUAGACAGAAACUCAUCUAUAUAUUCUGUAUCUGGAGUUCCGUUUUGAAUAUUAACUGUGUUAUUUUUAUACACUUUUUAAGCCUUAACUCGCCAUUGAUUUACCAGUUUAACGUCUCCUGGGCUUUCUUUUCCCACGGGGUUCUCUGCCCCGCCCCCACCCCUUUGUUUGACUUGCGUCGUCUGAUACUCAGUAUUGUAGCUUUUCGUCCGCAUGUUACUACCCUGUAAAUACGCUGUUAUACAUACUGUUAACACCCCUUUGCUUUUUUCUAUGGGACCUCCAGGCCACCAUAUUUAGAACUAGUUACCUUAUUAAAAAAGAGAAAAGAGU